AUGUCUCGUCCACAGGACGACAGAAAUCAAGAGGCUACGGGAAAUCUGGAUGAGCGGUGUACAGAUGCACUCAUUUGGGAAUUGAUGUUGCAAGCGGGACCGGUUGUCAAUGUGCAUCUACCAAAGGACCGUAUAUCAAUGGCACAUCAAGGGUACGGUUUUUGCGAGUUUCUGACAGAAGAAGAUGCAGAAUAUGGGUGUAAAAUUAUGAACCAAAUCAAACUUUGGGGGAAACCUAUCCGUGUAAACAAGGCCUCUUCGGAUAAAAAACAGCUGGAUGUAGGCGCAAAUCUGUUCAUUGGAAAUUUAGAUGAAAAUGUCGACGAAAGACUCUUGUACGACACGUUCAGCGCUUUCGGAAUAAUGGCAACCACGGCAAAGAUUGCCCGCGAUCCAACCUCUGGGACAUCCAAAGGAUACGGUUUUGUAUCAUACACGGAUUUCGAGUCAUCGGAUGCCGCUAUCGAGUCAAUGAAUGGUCAAUUCUUAAUGAACAAAGCAAUCACUGUACAAUACGCGUUCAAGAAAGAUGGAAAGGGUGAACGUCAUGGAACACCUGCUGAACGUCUACUCGCUGCUCAGGCGCGCAAGAAUAACGCACUUCCCGUAGCCGCCAGACCGCCUCCUGCCCCUAUCGCUUUCGGUGCCCGGCCACCAAUGCCAGGAUUCCAGGGACCGUACCAAGGUCAAUUUGCUGGUGUCCUCGCAGCGCCUCCACCACCACCUGGAUUUACACCUCAACAAACCAUCAUGCCUCAAAUGCAGAUGGGUAUGCCCCCUCCAGGGAUGGCGCCCCCUGGAAUGGCGCCCCCGGGGAUGGCACCCCCUAUUCCCCCUAUUCCCAUGGGCAUGCCAGGAAUGCCCAUGCCACCACCACCACCUCCUGGUAUGCAGAUGUAUGGUGGAUUCCCUCCCCCUCCCCCUCCUGGAUUUGGAGGGCAGUAUCCUGUUCCUCCUCCACAGCAACAACCACCCCAGUAUUAA